CGUCAACAUCCUUUUUAGCGACACAUAAAUAGCUUUUAACAACGACAAAGCUUAUUAUUUUAUAUCGUUGGACCAGGAUCAUAAGGAAUUUAUAUUUGUAUUUAAAAAAUGGAGGAAAACGCAUGUCAUCCGCAAGCUUGCGCCAUUCAAGACUGCUUAUCCAAGUCGAAUUACAAUGAAGACAAGUGCAAGCGGCAAAUUGACGCUCUGUAUGAGUGUUGCAACACAUUUUACCAGCAACAUGGCGACAACGCAAGUAGUGUGAGCUGCCCCAAGGCAGGCUUACUGCGACUCAAAAUGAAACAGAGGGGUUUGGAGAAAUGAUUUCAGAAUCGACCAAUUUCUAGAAUUUUGGAAGUACGAACAAAGCGAAUCGCAAGACAACGUGAGAGAGAACAAUGAAUUCUUUUAGUGCAGUUGUAGAUGCCAAUUUUCACUAUCCUUGUCCUGCCGGAAAAUA